AUGACCGACGUCGCGUCGCUCGAGUGCCCGCGAUGCGGCGAGCGCGAGGUGACGCACGAGGACGACCUCGGAUGCGAGAUCUGCGCCGCGUGCGGGCACGUCCUCACCGACCGCGCGCUCACCGCGACGCGCGAGUGGCACGACGACGGCGGCGUCGCCACCGCCGGCGGCGUCGCGCUCUACGACGACGCCGCCGCCCGCGGCGGCCACCUCAGCGCCGCGCGCGCGACGCUCGCGGGUAACCAAGCCUCGUCCGUCGCGCGCCGAAUGUUCCGCGACGCCGACGCGACGCACCUCGACGACAUCGCGCGCGCGACGCGCUUCGCGGCGACGCAGCUCAAGCUCCCCGCGGACGCCGCCGCGGACGCGGAGGCGCUCGUGACGCGCGCGAGCGAGGGGAGGUGGGGCGAGGGAGAUUGGACGACGUUGCUUCUCGCCGCGUGCGUGUACGCGACGUGCCGGCAGCGGCGAUUGCCGAUCGCGAUUCGCGACGUCGCCGCGGCGUGCCAGGCGGACGUCUUCGCCGUCGGAAGGGUGUACAAUCGCAUGCGGCGGAUGUUCGCGAUCGAGGUGCCGCAGCUGGACCCAGGGGCGUUCGUCGCGCGCGCGGCGGCGGCGAUCCCGGAGCUCAGAGAGGGAGGAGGCGUCGACGCGGCGGACGACGAGCGACGCGACGACGGCGGCGGAGGCGGAGGCGCGUCGUCGUCGCGCGUCUCCAGCGCGCUCGCGCCGAUCGUCGGCGACGCGAAGACGCUCCUCGACUUUGCGCACGCGAGAGGGAUCAUGAGCGGGAAGAACCCCGUCGCGUUCGUCGCCGCGGCGCUCAUCGUCGCCGCGGAGAGUCGCCGCGGCGUCGCGAUAUCGCCGGCGACGGCGGCGCGUGCAGCGCGCGCGUCGGCGGACGCGACGCGACGGGCGCUCCGAGCGUUCACGGACGAGCUCGUGACGUUCUCGAAGGUGUUCUCGUGGGGGAGCGCGUGCUGCGCGAAGACGCUGGGGGGGUAUCUGCCGUCGCUGACGCAGGCUAUAAAGGCGGCGUUCCACGCGAGGGGCGCCGGCGCCGGGGACGAAAAGAAUCAGGCGCGUUCUAUUUCACACUGGUCCCCAUACGAUCGCUCAACGCUCGGCGGGUUCGGCGUCGGCGCGGAGACGCUCGCGGCCGCGCUGGACGCGAUGCCGACGAGUUUCCAGAAGCAAGAGGAGACGCGGCAGCGGAGGGAGGACGCGAUUCGGAGGGUGCGCGAGCGCGUCGCGAGGGCGGUCGAGGGCGCGGGCGCGGAGACCGCGACGACGACGGCGGCGACGACGACGGCGAACGAGAACGAGACGGCGAACGAGACAGAGAACGCGUCGUCGCUCGCGCUCGCGGUCGUCCCCGCGGCGGGACCCGUCGUCGUCGUCGACCCCGGCGGCGCGGAGAACGCCGCGGCGAACGCGGAGCUCGCCCUCGCGGCGGCGCGACCGAAGAAGCGAGGGAACGACCACCGCGCGCGACGAUCGCUCGGCGGCUUGCGUCGCGUCGCCGGCCGCCGCCGAAAAAAAGACGGCCCGCACGGGUGGACGACGCCGGCGCCCUCGGCGGCAGGAUCGGACCGGUCUCCUCCGCUCCUCCCGCCGGGCGGCCCGCCCGCCGCGAUCGUCGCCGCGGCGAGAGACGCCGCGGCGGACGACGGCGAUGGCGACGGCGACGGCGGCGGGUGGCGCGGCGUCGUCCUCCGGGAGCUCAUGCUCGCUGGCGUGCCCGACCGACUGCUGCUCGAGGAGGAGGGGUUGUACGCGCCGGCGAAGUCGACGCGUGCGACAACAAAGAAGAAACGGUCGAUCGCGGACAGUUUCGUCGACAGUUUCGAUCGCGAAGAGUUCGACGCGAGAGCCGCCGCGCGUCGCGUCGUCGAGCGCCUCGACGCGGAGAAGAAGAACGCAGCGCACGUCAGGCGCGUUCUAUCUUUCACGCCGGUCCCCGUACGACCGCGUCGGCGCGGUGAACGCCGAUCCUUAAGGACUUUAUCUCCCGGCGUUCGCAUCUCUCCGCCCAGGGUCCCUCGCUCACAAUCCCGACACACCGCGACGCCUUUCAACGCCACUUCUGACGCCUUUCAACUCCACCCCGACGUCGGUUUGAACGAUGGACCCUCGACCCUCAGCGAGUGGAGAGGGAAGACGGAGGAUGAGAUGGAGCGCGAGGACGCGGCGGCCAUCGCGGCGAUCCCCGACGCGGAGGUGGAGGAUAUGCUGCGGACGCCGCUGGAGGCGCGCGCGGUCGCGGCGCUGCGGGAGAGGAUGGCGAGGGCGGAGGACGGGGACGAGUACGAGGUGUACGGAGAGGACGAGGAGGAGGACGAGGAGAAGGGGGGCGUCAGGGUGAAGGGCGAAGCCGCGCCCGCCGCGACCGAGCCGGAGACCGCCGAGCGUCCGACGCGACCGAAAGUCGCCGCGACGACGACGACGACGCCGCCGCCGAGACCGAAACCGAAACCGAAACCGAAACCUCCCGCGACGAGGAAGUCGACGCGGAGGGGAUAG